CAACCAUUGUUCAACCAUUUGUUUUGCCAGGGAUAAGGUAAACGUGGAGGAUACGAGUAGAUUUAGAUAAAGUCUAAACACUUGUUUUAUAAACAAAGCUAAAGAUUUACUAGCAUAUGACAAUGGAGAAUGCUGCCCACCUUCAAAGUCAGCUAACCUCUCUCAUGAACGCGGUAAUGAGGGCAGCGGUCGUGGAAAUAGUCCGACUUGUAGAUGGCAGCGCCGUGGCCCUUCGCGAAGAGUUGUCCAAGAGUAAACGGGAGAACGAAGCACUGAAAGCCGAGAACGAGUCGAAUAAAAAUAAGAUGCAAAAUUUGGAAGCAAAACUAGCUGCGGAGCAGCGUUCUGUCGGUUGUCAUGUAGCCGAAGCUGGUGGCGAUCAAUUUUUCCAAACAAAGGAAGAUGUUAAGGCUUGUGCAGAGAAGACCCGUGCAAGGCUGCAAUCUUUGGAGCCAGCAGGCCAAUCCGAGGCUACAGCUUUCAAUAAAGGGGAAGGCCUAAAAGUUGUUGCCAUGGAGAAGGAUGGAAUAAAAGUACUUCGCAUAAAGAAGGAAAUAAAUGAAGGCACAGAACAUGACACACCAUGUCCAAUGACAGGUGAGCAGCCGUGUCCCAAAGUGGACAUGGUGUAUGGCAAGGAGUGGAGCCAAAGCCUGUGGCGAGACGGAAAAGAAAUAGACCAUAGCGACCGAACAGGGGAGAAAGAAACUCCAGGACCAUCAAUGACCCAGCAUCAGAACGGAGGUCCACUUCAGUGCAGUAAGCUGAAUCCAUCCACUCCUAUCUUCAAAGUCUUCUGUGAUCCUGAACGAGACACGUAUCCCGACUAAUGACUUAA